AUGAUAAAUAUUCAUCAACAACAUCAAACACAGACAAAUCUUAAAAAAUAUAUUAAUACAAAUGAAAGUGAUUUUCAAGCUGCUGUACUCGAUGUACUUGUUCAAUUACUUUUAAUUCGUCAUUUUAUUUAUUGUAUUGCUGAAUUUCUUGUUAUGUUAUUAUAUGAUACACUUCAUUCAAAACAAGUUAUUAAAGUACAAGGUUUAAUAAAACAUUAUGAUUCAUUAUUAGCAAGUAGACAUGAACCUAAAAUAUAUAUAUCUUAA